GCAAGCAGGCAAGAAAGCAAAAACACAGGGAUAGCAAACUUGAGACUAAAACAUUCUCUACAUGCAAAAAUCUUUGUCUCGUCUCUCUCUCCUUUGCAUUAUUCCUUUCUUCUCCUUUGUUUGCUGCAUUGCUUACUAUACCUCCAUCAUCAUCAUUCAUUAACGUUUUGAUGCUUCUUCAGUAGAUAAUACACAUGGGAGCUCAAAAGAGCGUCCAUGCUGGAAAAGCCAAGAUUGAUGCGAAUGUUGAUUUCACUCACAAGCUAUGUGCUGCUUUGAGGCGUCCUCCUCUCAGGAGCACUGGAAGUCCUCUUUCUCUGAUAACUGGGAGUCUUUGCAUCAAACACCCCAAUUUAUUCGGUGGAAGUGAGAAGCUUGAUGUGUCAUGGGAUAAGGGGCUCUAUGAUUCAAAUGUCAUAAUAGCUUUUAGAAGGCCAAGACCUGAGUGGCUUUCUCAAAAAUGUUUUGUUAUUCAGCAUUCCUUUUCACCUGAAAUUGGGGUCCACGGUACACCAAUUGACAAUUUCUCUUGUUCUGGGAGCGGAGGUGUAAAUUUGUCUCGAAUAUCUGUUGGUUUGGAUAGAAAUGAGCCUGCAACUUCUGAUUGGAGCAGCACCACCAGUAUCAAAUUUGAGCAUGUACAAAUAGUGAACGAUAGUUGGCGCUCUAUAACCAGGGACAUUGAUGGGUUCCCAUUGACACGCAGUGGCAGUCCCCAUGACAACAUGGUAGUUUUGAAGCAAGAGUCUCAAUAUGCAAAAGCAAAUGAUCACAGUUUUUAUCGGUUUAGAAUGCAAAUAGAACAAGGGAUUCCUAUUCUAUCAAAGUGGCUAAUCUUUAACAAGUUCAAGUUUAUUGCAACAAAAGGAGUCAAACUUGGACCAGCAUUUUUAUUGGCAAGCCUGGCAGGUGGUUCCAUUGUAGGGGACAUGGCUCCUUACCAAGCAUUUGCAAUUGGAGGGCUUGGUAGUGUACGAGGAUAUGGUGAGGGUGCUGUUGGAUCCGGGAGAUCAUGUCUAGUUGCAAAUAGUGAAUUGACAUUUCCUUUGAAUAAGAUGUUAGACGGUGCUUUUUUCUUGGACUGUGGAACCGAUUUGAGAUCUGCUCGUCUUGUACCUGUUCAAUUUUGGAGUUUCAGGAAAUCCAGCAAUGAGGCAGGGCAAACCGGGAUCCGGAGUUGGGCUUGGAUACGGCCUUCGUUUCAAGUCUCCGAUUGGUCAUUUUAUGGUUAACCAUGCCAUCAAUGAUUUCCAACAAAGAACUGUUUACUUUGGCAUCAGCAAUCUCAACCGAUAAAUUCCAUAAGCCCAAUGGUCGACUUUUCAUGGCCUUCCAGAAGGUUUAGAUGAUGAUAAUUGAGGAAAGUUAGCUGUGGAACUUGGAAUGAGAAGGAAUAUUGACAUUUUCAGGCUGCUAAAAAGGAAAAUGCUUCCUGUUCUCAGUUGCGAAUAUCAGGAAGUUUUGUCCACCUACACUUCCAAGCAAUCUUAUAAUCUUGCAAGUUGCGAAACCAAAGAGUAAUUGUAGGAAACAUCUGCUGCUUUCU